UUUUGUUUUUCGGGGCUUUUUUUAUCCUUUUUUUUUUUUUUUUUUGCCGCCGCCGUGUGCCGGCGCGGGGCUGGCUUCUCCUUUUGAGCGUCUCCAUUCCCCGGCGGAGGUUAUGAUGGUGCAUUGUGCGGGCUGCGAGAGGCCGAUUUUGGACCGCUUCCUCCUGAACGUCUUGGACAGGGCAUGGCACAUCAAAUGCGUCCAGUGCUGCGAGUGCAAGUGCAACCUGACCGAGAAAUGCUUCUCCAGGGAAGGGAAACUCUACUGCAAAAAUGACUUUUUCAGGAGGUUUGGUACCAAAUGCGCCGGCUGCUCCCAGGGGAUCUCUCCCAGUGACCUCGUCCGGAAAGCCAGGAAUAAAGUCUUUCACCUGAACUGUUUCACCUGCAUGGUCUGCAACAAGCAGCUCUCCACGGGCGAGGAACUCUAUAUCAUCGAUGAAAACAAAUUUGUUUGCAAAGAGGAUUAUUUGAACUCUCCCAGUUUGAAGGAAGGCAGCCUCAACUCAGAGGCAAAGCUCCCAUUUGACUUCCUUGGAAGCUGUCUCUGCGUCAGGAGAGCAGGGCCAGGCCCCCUCCUGCUGUCCCAGCCAUGCCGGGCGCCCCUGCUCACCCCCUUCCGUGGGCUCUCUCUCCGUCCAGCACCCGGGGCCGGAUCCUGCCACGCCAGUCAGUGGGGCCGCUGCUGUGAGCGAGUGUCCUCAUGUACAGACAGGAGUUUGUCCCCGGAUCUCCAGGACCCCAUGCAGGACGACACCAAGGAAACGGACAACUCGACCUCCUCGGACAAGGAGACCACCAACAACGAGAACGAGGAGCAGAACUCGGGCACCAAGCGGAGGGGGCCCCGCACCACCAUUAAAGCCAAGCAGCUGGAGACCCUCAAAGCCGCCUUCGCCGCCACCCCCAAACCCACCCGCCACAUCCGGGAGCAGCUGGCCCAGGAGACCGGCCUCAACAUGAGAGUCAUCCAGGUGUGGUUCCAGAACCGUCGGUCGAAGGAGCGGCGGAUGAAGCAGCUGAGCGCGCUGGGCGCCCGCCGGCACGCGUUCUUCCGCAGCCCCCGCAGGAUGCGGCCCCUCGGCGGCCGCCUGGACGAGUCCGAGAUGCUCGGCUCCACGCCCUACACGUACUACGGAGAUUACCAAGGUGACUACUACGGGCCGGGAGGCAACUAUGACUUUUUCCCCCACGGGCCGCCCUCCCAAGCCCAGUCCCCGGCCGACUCCAGCUACCUUCAGAACUCAGGACCCGGCUCCACACCCCUGGGACCCUUGGAGCCCCCCCUAAGCGGACACCACUCCUCAGAAAACCAAAGGUACACGGAUAUGAUCUCGCACCCCGACACCCCCAGCCCCGAGCCGGGGAUGACCGGCUCUCUGCACCCCAUUCCGGGGGAGGUCUUCAGCGGGGGGCCCAGCCCUCCCUUCUCCAUGUCCAGCAAUAGCGGCUACAGCGGCGCUCUGUCGCACCCCAACCCGGAGCUCAGCGAGGCGGCGGUCUGGUAGGCCCGGCCUGGGCACGCGUGUGCGUGUGUGCAGGGGGAAACGAGCCCCCCCUGGUCCCCCCAGCCCACGCGUGUCCCCCCGAGCCCCACAGCAGGGCGGAGCGAGCCCCCCCAGCCCGAUGCCAAAACUCAUCCCGGCAUCCGCCCGUCCUCCCCAUCCCCGCACGCCCCGGGACUUUGGGGCCACCCCCGCUACCUCCCCCCUCCCGGCACCUUCCCCCCGCGUUUUUGGGGGGGGCGAUGAAAGGUGCCCAGCCCUGCAGACCCCGCCGGAGUCGGGACCAUCGCCUCUCGGACCAAAGCUGAACUCGCCUGGACACAGGUCCCACCGCCCCGGCGGCACCGGGGGAGGGGGGCUGCGGCAGGGCUCGCCCCUGCUCGUUAGCAUCCUUUUUAAUUAUCCCCUACCACAGGAAAGGGGGGGGAAUGGGGAAUAGCAGGAAUAACCCCCCCGCGGCCCCUCCCUGCCCUCGUUUUUAUUGUUCCCGUUUUACCCCCGAGGAGAAGGUGGGUUCGGAGCCGGAUUUCGGCGGUGGGGAGGAGGGGGCUGUGCGGGGGCCAGGCCCCGGUGACCGGCUGGGAUUGGGCUCCCACGUGGUGGAACAGACACCAGAAAGAGGCAGAAAAAGGAAAAACACAUCAACAGCAAAAUAAAACCCCAAACAAACAAUAAACCCCAGAACUAAACCGACCCAACCACAAGAGCAGAAAUUUCACCCGAGCCUCGACGCCGAGUCCCACCCCAACGAUUCCCAGAGGCUCCGCCAAUUUAAGGAUGUAUUAUAGUUUUUGCUUCUAGUUUCUUUAUUUUGUAUAAAGGAGAAACAAAUAAAGUAUGUUUUUGUGUUUACUGAUUAUUUAUUGUACUUUAGUCAUCGGAGGCUCCGAAUUUUUCUAUUUUGAAGGCAGGGAGGGGAUGGCACCGGGGAGGGGGGUGAGAGCAUAGAGAGAGGGGGGGAAUAAAAGGAAGGAGAAUGGAAAAGGAAAGAAAAAAAGUUGUUUUCUGAAAGCGUCGUGGGUUUCCUGUCCCCGCUGCCUCUUGCGGAGGCUGUUAGUGUGAAUGGCUCUUGUUGUUCAAUGUGAAUAAAAAACCUUUUAGUUACCUAC